AUGGUUCAGAAGCUGAAGCUACGUCGUUUUCCCACUCGUCAAGAAAUUGGAGGCGUUGGUAACACUCUCGUCGUAUCGCAUCACGCUGCGAAUGUUCGGAUAGGGUCACACUGCACCGAAUAUACUGUCGAAGAACCCUGUCAUAUACUGAAGAAGAUAACGCGUGAACUUCCGGUCAACACUAUCGAUUCUUCUUGCUGGAAUGUCCCGUCCGGAAUCACACUGGCCGAUCCUAUCUUCCACCAACCGGGACCAAUAGAUCUCCUUUUAGGCAUGGAGCUUUAUUUCGAACUUCUCUUGGAAGGAAUAAUCAAAUUGGGACCGGAGAAACCGAUUCUACAAAACACCGUUUUUGGAUGGGUAGCAUCGGGAAGAAUAGGACUUCGUCAAUCUCGUAAUCAACCCAAGGUGGCUCACGUGUGCAGCACUGAACCACAUGAGGACCAAAUCUCCCGUUUCUGGGAGUUAGAGUCCUGCUGGUCACCCAGCACACGUUCCCCGGAAGAAACCUUCUGCGAAGAACAUUUUACUACACCUUUCGUGACGAAUCUGGAGUACGCAGCGUUUAUUACGGAAUAUCUGCAGCUCAAACAUAUGCGAGAAAUUGAUGACACAGACAACGCUGCUCCGGUUUAUUAUCUCCCCCAUCAUGGCGUAGAAAAGGCUGACAGCACAUCCACAAAACUGCGGGUAGUGUUCGAUGCAUCGUGUCGCACUGAUAGUGGAAUAUCACUCAAUCAGACGUUGAUGGUUGGCCCUGUGCUGCAGGAUGACAUACAUGCGAUAUCUCUUCGCUUUCGGAUGCAUCGUUUCGCAAUCAUUGCCGAUGCCGAGAAAAUGUAUCGGCAGAUUCGGCUUCACCCCGUUGAUUACCCGCUGCAUCGUAUCCGCUGGCGUUCUUCUUCUUCGGAACCGCUCAAAACAUUUGAGCUCACCACCGUCACCUACGGCACCGCCUCAGCACCGUAUUUGGCAACUAGGUGUCUGCUGGAAUUAUCAAAUCAGGGAGCUGAGGCCUAUCCUUUAGCUGCGAAAGUCCUAUCGAAGGACUUGUAUAUGGACGAUAUGCUGACUGGGAUCGACGACGUAGAAGAAGGGCAAGAACUUUGCAACCAACUACGACAGUUGCUUCAAUCAGGCGGGUUCAACUUGCGAAAAUGGGCGUCUAAUUCGUCCACCAUUCUAUCGAUCAUACCACCCGAGCUACGAGAACAACGAGCAAUGUUAGCGCUGGAGUCACCCUCGACCAUCAAAACCCUGGGGCUGAUAUGGGAACCCUCAACGGAUCUGUUGCACUAUUCCACUCCCAAGUGGUCACCAACGAACACCAUCACAAGGCGUACUAUAUUAUCUGAUACAGCCAGACUUUUCGACCCCCUUGGUCUCAUCGGGCCAGUGAUUGUUUUGGCAAAGGUAUUUGUCCAGUCUCUUUGGCGGACAUCUGCAUCUUGGGACGAUCCUCUCGAUGAAAACCAACAACAUUAUUGGCUCUCAUUUCGUGACAGUCUAAACGCACUCUCGUCAAUUUCCAUACCUCGAUGGGCAGCACUAUCUAAUGCACCAGUCAUCGUGGAACUCCAUGGAUUCUGCGAUGCAUCGGAACGAGCGUACGGUAGCUGUCUGUAUAUUCGAACCGUUUCCCAAGAUGGGAGCAUCUCCGUGCGUUUGCUGACUGCGAAAUCCAGGGUGGCACCUCUCGGAGACUCCAAGAAGCAGAAAAAGGUCAGUCUUCCCAGGUUGGAGUUAUCGGCUGCUCUUCUAUUGAGCCACCUGUAUCACAAGGUGAACUCUGCCAUCGGACUAAACACUCGAGCGUUCUUCUGGUCGGACUCAACUAUUACGCUCCACUGGAUCAAUUCGGUUCCGUCGAGAUGGAAAACUUUCGUGGCGAAUCGGGUGUCGGAAGUUCAACACCUAACAACCAACGGUGUCUGGGCUCACGUUUCGGGUAUGGAUAACCCAGCGGAUAUAAUUUCCCGUGGUAUGGAAGCGAACCAAUUGGAGGAGUCUUCGAUCUGGUGGACAGGACCAUCCUGGCUAAAACAACCCUCUCGGUUUUGGCCUCCAAUAAUCCAAAGCGAUCCACCUGAACUGCCCGUUGAAACCCUGGAAGAACGACCAGUAUCGUUACCGGUCAGAGUUCAUGAACCGAACGAAUUAUUUAGACUACGAUCAUCAUUCUCCUCCUUGGUCCGACUGACUGCUAUGCUUGGUCGAUUCAUUCACAACUCCAAACCGGAAAAUCGAUCCAAUCGAAAAUUUGGUUUUCUGCGUUCAUCGGAGUUAGAACAAGCUCUAUCAAUAUUAGUGAAGCUGGCACAGUAUGAAGUCUUCUUCAACGAAAUCGACACCGUAUCUAGUGCAGGUCAUGUAAAUUCGAAGUCUGCUCUGAAGAAUCUCUGCCCAAUUUUGAAAGACGGAAUAUUGCGGGUUGGUGGCCGACUGCGGAACGCGACAAUAUCAGAGGAUAGGAAACAUCCAAUGAUCCUCCCUGCAAGACAUCCACUAACAGAAAGCAUAAUGUCACACUAUAAUCUGAAACAUAUGCAUGCCGGACCACAACUGCUUGUGGCAUGCGUCCGGGAGAAGUUUUGGCCACUUCGCAUCCGUAACCUGGCACGGCAUACGGUCCACUCGUGCAUCAGUUGCUUCCGUUGUAGACCAUCGGUUGUGGAGCAGAUUAUGGGAGAUUUGCCCGCCGAAAGAGUAACGCCAACUUUGCCGUUCCUGAACACCGGUGUGGAUCUGUGCGGACCGUUCAAGUUCCGUAAACUUCGCAAAAGCCCUCCUACCAAAUGUUAUGUGGCAAUUUUCGUCUGCCUUGUCACAAAGGCUAUACACAUUGAGCUGGUCUACGACCUGUCAACAGCCGCUUUCAUAGCUGCACUUCAUCGGUUCAUAGCUCGGAGAGGGAAGCCACAUGUCAUCCACUACGACAAUGCACGAAACUUCAAGGGAGCCGUUCGAGAACUGGCAGAGCUGCGAAGCCAAUUCUAUUCACAGCAACACGAAGCGGCCGUUGUCAACCGUUGUGCAAACGACGGUAUUGAAUUCAAAUUUAUACCGCCCCGCAGUCCCAACUUUGGUGGGCUGUGGGAAGCAGCGGUAAAAUCCUUUAAGAAGCAUUUCCGAUCGACAGUUGGUAACUCUAUCCUUUCACAAGACGAGUUCGUUACACUGUUGUCCCGUAUCGAAGCUUGUCUCAACUCCAGACCACUUACGCCUCUCACCGCGGACCCAAACGAUCUGGAAGUAUUGACUCCGGGUCACUUUCUUGUUCACCGUCCGCUCACUUCCUUUCCCGAACCUAAUUUAUGCGAGGUACCUCGGAAUCGCCUCGACCGGUGGCAGGAAAACCAGGAGCUUCUCCGUCGAGUAUGGAAACGGUGGUCAACGGACUAUCUUUCGGGGCUUCAUCCACGCACCAAGUGGACACAGGCUCGAGACAAUAUUGCUGUUGGCACCAUGGUCCUCCUCAAGGAAGAAAACCUUCCUCCGCUCAAGUGGAGAUACGGUAGAAUCACCAACAUCUUCCGGGGGGAGGACAAUAACAUCCGAGUAGUCAGCGUGAAAACGGCUGAGGGAGAGUUUCGCCGGGCCAUCUCCAAGGUUUGUGUGCUGCCUCUAAAUCACGAAUCAACCCUGCCGACCGAUGGGAAUAACCGGCAAAUCGAUGAUCACUAA